AGUACAACCUAUUAAUAAAAAUAAACAACAACAAGAUGGCAACCAGCGCAUAUGAAUUAUCAAAGACUUAUCGUUAUCGCAAAGUGAUGAAGCCGCUAUUGGAGCGUAAACGUCGUGCGCGCAUCAAUCAAUGCCUUGACGAGCUCAAAGAUCUGAUGGCCGAAUGUGUGCAACAACAAAGUGGUGAUCCGGAGGUGAAAUUGGAGAAGGCCGACAUUCUCGAAUUGACUGUUGAACAUUUGCGCAAAAUGCGUCAGCAACAAACCACAGCCAAGCGCAGCGAUGAAGGCGCACGUCAGAGUUUCCGUUCCGGCUACAUUAAGGCGGCACAUGAAAUCUCGCGUUGUCUCGCCACACUGCCGAAUGUGGAUGUCCAGUUGGGCACACAGCUGAUGACACAACUCGGUUUACGUUUGAAUCAAUUGGAGUCACAGCAUCAGGAGGUGCGCACCGCUGUCAAUCAGCCGUUGAGCGUCAAUUGCGGUCCAGCUACACCCACUUCCAGCGCCGCCUCCAGCAUGUACAGUCCGGUUUCCAGCGGUUAUGCUAGUGACAAUGAGUCGACUGCCUCCAGCCAAACGGCAGCCAGCAGCAGCGGUCUGUUGCAAGUCUCCGCAACAAGUGUCUGGCGUCCUUGGUAGUCAGGCAGUGGCGGCCAGCAGACGUAUAGCCAGUGACUGAGCUCGAGCAUGGACUUAAUUAAGCAAACGACGGUCUCAUUUAGUUUAAGUGCAAAUUGUUUUUUAAUUUUAAUGACAUAAUUUUUUAAUGUAAACUGUUAUUAGCGAAUUAACUUUGUAAGAAACUUGUGUAGUUUUGUGAAC